AUGACCAACUCGGUCAUCCACUACAACCCUUCCGCUAACGAACCUGUCAUCUCAGUGUCACAGGAACGGUUCGACCAGUUUGUGCGAUAUAGUCAGAUUUCCUCCGCCGCGUACCAGAAAAGCUGCGCUGCACCGCCGCAAGGCAUCAAGCUGGUGAAGGAGCUGUCCGACGCUGCGACCAACACGGAAGGCUUCAUCGCCGUAGAUGGAGCAGCCAAGGAGAUGAUUGUGGCGCUUCGUGGCACGUCGAACUUACCAGACGCCUUCACCGACCUAAACUUUGUCCAGACCGACUACCAAAGCCCGGGUGUGAGGGAAUGUAACGGGUGCAAGGUACAUGGUGGAUUCCUGGCUGCGUGGAACAGUAUCGCCAACGAAACCAUCUCGACCGUGCAGAGCGAGCUCGCCGCCAACCCAGGCAUGAGGGUGACUGUCACGGGGCACUCGCUUGGAGGCGCCCUCGCAUCCCUUGCAACCAUGUCACUUAACGGCUCCGGCAUCGAAACGACGACCUUUACCAUGGGCCAGCCCCGUACGGGCAACCAGGCCUACGCCGACUUUGUCGACCAGAAGGCACCCAAUUUUGUCCGCAUCACGCACUCCAACGACGGCGUGCCGCAGAUCCCUCCCCGCAUAUUGGGCUACCAGCACCAUUCCGGAGAGGUUUGGCAGCCGGAGAAAGCGGUGCCCCAGGAGACAUUCCAAUGCGAGGGCCAGGAACCAGGUGACUGCAACAACUCUGUCCCGGGGCUGGGUGUCAACCUUGCCCACCUCUCUUACAUGGGCGUCCAGAUGGGUGACUUGCCCGGCAACGCAAAGAUUUGCGGCGACGAAGAGAAGGGCCUGCUGGGAACGCUGCUCGGCUUCGUUGGUGUUGGCACAACUUGA